UUUUAUUCCAGCAUAAUUAUGAAAAAUUCCAAAAAGAAGCCACGUAAAAAUGCAAACAAGCGAAAGGACACCACUCCUGUCGACGAGGACGUCGCUUCCCGACAAAAGGAAACUAUUCAAUUGCUUCAUGAAUACAACGACCUCAAGGAUGCGACGCAAAUUGUCCUGGGAGCUUUGGCCACAAUGAAAGGGGUUCCCGUUCGAUCACUUCACGCCUCCUACAACCUUCCAAUCGACGAAUAAAAUAUGCU